CAAGGCUCUCAGCAAGCCAGCCUGCAAUGUUGAGCUGGGAGCUGCGUUUGCUGUGCCCCGGAUUCUCCAUCCGUGGGGCUCCCAGCCAAUCACCUCCAAGGAAGAGAUAUCGCUUAUCAACCACACAUCACACACGGAGUGGAUUUCCUGCGACCUCAAUAUUUCUUUCAUCGCACCGCACCGCAGGACAACAUCAAGGUCCUUUCACGGUCCACGCCUAAUCAGCGUUACCUGCCCGGUUUGUCGUGAGACACAUUUUGACACCGAACACUCAAUGGCUUGUACAUACCAGAUAUUAUUGAUCUCGCUUUCGUACAACAUGCAGUCCCUCACGAAACAAUAACACAAUUACCCUCUCACUUGACACCGUUGAUCUUUAAACCCAGUCCUAGGUCAAUGCCCGAUUCUGAAUUAUACCAUUGCCCUUCUCCUGUCUUGAAAGACCCACAUCAUGCCUGCCUCACGUGAGACAUCGCCCGAGAACGACGUCUUGUCCAUGUUCACCGAGAUAGUUCCAGUACGGGACAAUAAGCAAGCCGCAACCACAUCCAUCACAUUUGGCCAUCUACUCCCUCCUACGACGCCCCUCGUAUUGCACGAAGACCUCCAGCAAGGCUGUGGAGGCCAACUAUGGCCUGCGGGCAUGGUCUUGUCAAAAUAUAUACUACAGAACCACAGCACAUGUCUUCGGGGGAAGAAGAUCGCGGAGAUUGGUGCAGGAGGAGGCCUCGUGGGAUUGGCAGUCGCGCUUGGGUGCGAGAUGGACGCUGGACAGAAGAUUUACAUCACCGAUCAAGUGCCCAUGCUGGCUCUCAUGGAAAAGAACAUUUUAUUGAACAAUUUGCAGGACAAAGUUCAAGCCAUGGUCUAUGACUGGGGGACACCACCCCCUGCCGAACUGGUCGCAGCAGCACAAUGGCCGGAUGUUGUCCUCGCGGCUGACUGCGUCUAUUUUGAGCCAGCCUUUCCGCUACUACUUCAUACCCUGACGGAUUUGAUCGGUCCCCAAACCACGUGCUUCUUUUGCUUCAAGAAACGGCGCAAGGCCGACAUGCGUUUCAUUCGAGACAUGAUCAAGAAGUUUGCUGUGACGCAGGUCGAGUAUGACGACAAGGAGCAGGACCAGAGACAUGGAAUUUUCCUCUAUCGGGUGACCAGGGCGCCGACCACCGGACGCUGAUAGGCUCAUAGACAUGCAUGCUACGACUUGUUCCACGCCUACUAUUGCAAAGUCUCUUGAUGUGUACAGAGCAACUUAUGGGACGGAGGAAGAGAAUAAAGCCAUGCACGAGAUUUGAGAAAUCGAGUCGUUUUUUAUUCUUGUCUGGGAUUCAGGGUAUCGUAGUCGUACAGAUUAUGGAAACAAAAGAAAUGUUGGGAUGGUGCAUCCAAUCCAUGACGCCGUGGCUCUCGGCUCGAGGUGAAGCUUCCAUUCGGAUCUUUGAUAAUGGUACAAAUGGUACAAAUCAACGCGGAUCAAAACAAGUCGGCCAUAUUAACAUAUUUCUCUCGAUUUCGCCAGGCUGGAUGUAGAGAUUCGGACCAAUAGUCCCAUCGGACCGAGG